AUGCCAGCUCCGGCCACGAAUGCGAUCAAUAUUGACUUGAGUCAACUCAACACCGAUCAAUUCCAGACUUUGCUUCAACAGCUCCAAAGUCACGUUAAGCCUCCUGAGUCUCAUGUUCCCGUUCAACGCGCGUCUAUCACUGAGGGAGGUCAUAUGGCUGCUGAAUCGUCUGCUGGUAUCGUCUCUUUUCUAUCUCAUAACAUUCCUUUUCCUUCUUCAAGCCUUCGUUUUGAAAACAAUUGCCUCACUUUUCAGCAUCAAUGCUUAUCUUCUCUUUAUAAUUCUUUACCGAGUGGCUCUUGGAUAAUUGACAGUGGAGCCACGACUCACGUUUGUUCUGACUUGUCUUUGUUUAGUGAGACCUUUCCGGUGUCUGGUGUUACAGUCUCUCUCCCUAAUGGCAUUAGAGAAUCUAUUAGUCACACAGGCACUGUGCAUAUACAUUCAUCAUUGACAUUGCAUAAUGUUCUGCAUGUUCCAUCUUUCCGAUUUAAUCUCAUCAGUGUUAGUAGUUUGCUUAAACAUGAUGAUCGUUCUGCUCACUUUUAUGCUGAUCAUUGCAUCAUUCAGGAGUCUACUCAGGGCUUGAUGAUUGGUAGAGGAACUCUCAUCAACAACUUCUAUAUUCUUCAAGUCACUGCUAAUUCUCCUUCAAAUUUCUGUGGAUCCUUGCAUGAUGAUGGUCUUCUUUGGCAUCAGCGCCUUGGCCAUCCAUCUUCUGCCAAGUUACAACAUCUUUCUG